UACGGAAACCCUGCCUUCCACCUGUAAAAAUCGUCCCUGCAGACAGUGCAGCCCAAGGUCUGUGCAGACCCCAGGGUCAUGCUUAGAGGCCAAAAGGUAGACCAGUCCCACCGUGUGUGCUGUUGCCUCCCACACCUGACCACUCCUAAAGACGUCCUAAAAUCCGGUGGAAACAUGUCAGGGCUGAUACCCAGGACAAAGGUAACCCAGACGACACACACCCCGACUUUCCUCUUGGGUCAGGAGGGCAGUGCUCCUGCGCUGCCCGGAUAUGAUACUCGGUAAUACCAACCUCCUGUAUGGUCACCCGCCAGUUUCCAGGCACCGACCUGCUUUAAUCCUCUUCUCCUAAAGCUCUCCACCACCUUCUAAAGAGGAGUUGUGAUUCCCAAUUCAGAGGCCAGGAAACAGGGACUUACGCUUCAAGUGACAGCCCACCAUCUGAAAACUAUGAAGCACUGGUGUGAUUCCUCGGCACUCUCACUGCUGCACUCCAGGCUUCCAGCCAUUUAAAGAGUGGGGCCCGCUUCAGAGUAGAAGGGGGCAACCGAGUAGGAAGCGCUGGAGCAAAAAGAAAGUUGAGCGUAAGGGGGGCUUAAUAACGGAGCCGUCUAGGCUCCACGUGUCCCAUGCCCCUGCUCUGGGGGCAGCCACAGGCCCUCCCUGCAGGCGGCCGCGUUUUCCUAAGUCCCGGUCUAGGCAGUCCGUAUCUCGGGGGUCUCUGAACCCCCGUGUCCCUCCCUCCCCAGCAGCGCAUUCCGCUGAACCAGCUUCCAAACCCUCUGCUCACCUCCCACUCCCGCGACCCCUACAGCGGCUAGUGCGGCAGCCGUCCCGCAGCGCCCGCCGCAGAGUGCACAGCGCGCUGGCCGCGGAGCUGGGGUUCUGGCUCGGAGUCCCCGGGAGCGCUCGUGGCUGCGCAGGCGCGGAACCAGCCGGCCGGCAGCGAGCUACAGCUGAGGUGCCGCAGCGCGUCUGGGUUCCCGUGGCAACGCGGUACACAGACGCUUGGGAGCUGCGCGCGCCGUGUGCUUCCGCAUAGCUGAGAUGGAGCCUGUUAACAUCCCUUUUGGGACAUGUCAGCAGAGGAAGCUCUUUCCUCACUUCCAUCCCCCAAACUUCUUGGGGAACAAGUUUCUCCCUCUUAGGGGAGUGCCCCACAGAGGGCCUGGAUGCUACAUAGCAGACGAUUAUGGCUUGGCAUACAAUCUCUCUAAGAUCCCGACCAGCAGAAGAGGAUAUGCUUUUGGAGCCAGAACAGCACUGAGGUUUACGCCAAUCAACAAGGAUAUGAUGCCUUCCCCAGGCAUGUACCAGACAGUUAAUCCUCAGGAGCAAAAACACAAACAAAAUUUUGCUCCAUUUAAUGCCUCAUUGCCUCGAUUUAGGAUAUACUCGAAGGACAGUUAUCACCCCGGCCCUGGCACAUACAACCCAGAGACAAAGCUACCGCAGAAGAUCAGCUGGCCAAUGAAAUUUGGAUCUCCGGACUGGGCUCAGGUUCCCUGUGUACAGAAAAGAACCCUAAAAGUUGAGCUGUCCACUGACAAAGAAUUUAGAAAGCACCGGAACCGUGUGGCCUACCUAUGCCUGUUCUACAAUUGAGAAACUGGGAGUACCUUCCUGAGCAACUCCUGACCACAGCCUUUCCAGGAUUGAGGACAGAGCUGCUCUCCUCCCUCUGCAUCAAUGUGGCCCUCCGGUCUGCCAGCAUGGGGCCCAGGGAGGGAGAAGGGGCUCCUAAUGGCUACAUGAGAGCAUAAAUGGUGUGAGAGUAUUCUG